GGUAGUUCCACAUGCAAAAGCCAAACAAAACAUAUGGAGGUAAAAUUUGGAACAGUCGAAGCAGAAUUAUAAAAAUAAAAAUGUCCGUUAGAUGCACGCCGUUUUGUCGUCCUUGUGACAAGGGCUACAAGCACCACGAGCUUCUGGUUGCUCUCCUAAACACGAGAGAUGACGGGUUUGCAGACGAUGCAGAACAAGAGUCUCUCAAAAAUUUAAUCCGUAAACACAAGUCGAGAGGUUGGGACAUUAACGCCGAGAUCUUAGAGGCGAAUGAGGAAUUUCGGUUCCCAUUACUGCACUGGGCAUGUGUGUUGGGAAAAAUACACACAGUACGCUGGCUUUUAGAGAAUGGUCAGUAUUUUGCCUUUGUUCUGAAUAUAUACAUUCACCCAACAAGAUCAUCCGCAGUCAUCCCAAUUAUUAACGAAGGAUUAUUAACCCCUUUAAGUGGCAAUGCGCACUGAUGAGCCUGACAUUUUUUUUACUCUGUUUAACGCCAGACAAUUUGCUCGUCUAUGGAGAGUACUGACACUCAAUGGGUUAAUAAUCCAAACCGAUAUUACGCACACAUACACACAACGUUUGGGUUUUUUAGACAAUAAAUUUUUCCGCAACCCUUAUAUCGCAAUCCUAACCUGUUAUGAUCCUCCUUUUUCUGUUCUGGCCACUUGUGUGCAGGGAAAAAAUCAUAAAAAUAUAUGCUUGAAAUUCAACUCUCGGGUUUGAACCCAGCUAUAGUGCAUUUGGGGCGAGCACCUUAGCCAUUCGACCACUGAGGAAUUCCUUGCAAAACGCUUGCUGAGAUGUUCCUAUUUCAUUUAACUUGUUAUAAGUUGUUUAUUUUGAUGUUAUAUCACAAUUUAUUGAGCAAAUGCUUUGAAUUGUUUGUUUUUUGAAAAUACUGAAACCGACACCGAACAGCACCUAGGGCUUAAAAAAUAGGCAUACGGACGUACGAUCAUACGCUAGAAUUAGCUUUGCGCACACCACAAAUUUCAGGCAAGUACGAUCGUGUAUGCAUCCUACAGCAGAGCUGAACUGUUACCCUUUUCUGUUUACCUCAAAAUCCUUCAGACAAGGCCUAAAAAAAAUACCUGUGGUUCCGGUUUCAUCUCGCGAAAAAAUUAGGGUUGGUAGGUCGGAAAUAAAAUUUUUUUUUCAUGGUUUUUUCAAUAAUUAGUGUGACAACAGACGGCAUUUUGGCAGCAGCCCGCAACCACCCGGAGAAAAUAGGGUCGCACAGUCAAUCGCAUUGAAAAAAAUAAUAGGGUUGGCAGAAACAAAUAGGGUCGGUCAGGAACCAGUCUAACCCUGAUUCUGAAAUAUCCAUAUAUUUAUAACAAUCAAACAUGAAACAUUGAUCCAGAAACAUUGAGUUCGCUGCUCGAAUUUUUGCAGCCGUUCCUGGUUAUAGGUCUAAAUAUAAUAUAUAUGUAUAUAUAUGCUCACUUGGAUUAUCCACCAAACCAAGCAUUCUAGUUCAACCAUAUGAAGUGCAAAAAACAUUAUUCCAAAUUGUAUGCACAGCAUAUUGAGUAGGGAUGAGCCGAUCACUGAAAUUGCCGAUUCGAUUAAUCGGUGGCCGAUAAUACCAAAUAAUCGGCCGAUUAAUCGGCCAAAGCCGAUUAUUUCCAUUAACACAUUUACCAGUAGGCGUUAGUUGUCCUGAUGAACCUCAGAUGCUUUUAAGCAUUGAAAUGAAACUUGAGAAGCUAAUGUAGCAAAGCACUUCUUCCUUCCUUCUAAAGCUGGAUACAAAUUGAAAAGUUUUCAUGACAUUCUCUUUUGUCUCAUGUAAUGUUCUUCUGUGCGCACACAAUGUUUUCCGGUCUUGGGAGUUACAUGUAUAAGUGUUAAUUUUCGUACUUAUAUUAAUUGCAUUUGCGAUGAAGAGGUGAGAUAAAUGCAAGAUCUUAUUUGUACGUAUUUGUGUAGCAGCUGCAUGCCGCUCAAUAACGUGAAAAAUUGUCAAACAUAUGCAAAAAAUGCAAUGAAUACACAGAUUUUCAUUUAUUUCUAGUAGAAAAUAGAAACUGGUCAAUAAUCGGCAAAUGAUUACCGAUUAUUAAAAAUUGGCCGAUUAAUCGGCUAGGCAGAUUAAUCGGCUCAUCCCUAAUAUUGAGUAUUUUCGGAAAAGAUCUACACUUCCCCCGCAGAUCUCUAACAUCCCGAGGGGGGGGGGGUCAAGAAAAAAUUGUUUCUCAUUAAGGGUGGAUUUUCAUUUUUUUUAAAGGGAGGGGUGGGAACAUUUCUAGUGAGUGCAAGCGGCACCAUUGAGCGAAAUUUUGGUGGGGUAUGUUGAAUACAUUAUACACUUUAUCAAAGGGUUUAGAGAGAUUCUAAGGGGGGUUUAACCCCCCCCCCCCAAUAAAUUUGCCCAUGUUUCUGAUAAUAGUAAGAGUAUUAGGGCAUCUGAAGGAGGUAGGGGGGUUCAAUUCCAAUUAUUUCCUCCAUGGGAGAUGUAAUGACCCAUAUCAUUCACUCAAUUUUCUGUACAUGAAUUUCCAAGUUGAAAAGCCUGGAUAUAGUUUGUCUUGUUUUAGUACAUAUUAUAUAUAAAAUAAAUCUAAAAUGAUCUGUGGCUGUGUAGGUACAGUAAUGCCAAUAAUAAGAAAGCUUUGAAUUGCUAGGGAUUCAAAUAGCUGAAAAAUACAAGGAAAAGUUAGACGUUUCGAGCAAUGUGCUUCGUCAAAAAGUUAGUUGACCUUUGAAGGGCAGAAGAAUUUUCUUCCCAGAGCCUGAAGACAAAAAUUUUCUGCAUACCAACAGAGUAUUUUUGUGCUAAAUCUGUGUGUGCAUAAACAUUUUGUGUUCCAGCUGACCAUGGUUUUAAAUUCAAGGAAUAAUGUCUGUCGACCAUAUGUUGUUGCACCCAUAGUGGGACAUCCAUGGUGUUUUGGUUUCCUUCAAAUUUUCAAUAGCAAACUUCGUUCAAACAAAUUUCCUGCAGCUGUUUAAUAUUUCCUGUGAGCAGUGCUCGUGUGUUUCUUAUUUUUCCCACCCCCGGCCUAACUUGUACAUGUAGGGCCUUUGCUAGAGUAUAAAUCCAUUUACUGAGUUAAAUCCGAGUCAGUCCCGAGCCCGAGUCAAAUGCCCGAGUCGCGUAAAAAAAGACGAAAGUGAAGAAAUUUCACAGUCGAAUAGGGUUAGGAGUGGGUUUAGGUUUAGGGUACUAAUUAGUCAUUUUACCAACAAAGACAGUUAAACAGUGACUCGGACAUUUGACCCGAACUCGGAUUUGAGUCGGUCAGCAACCGACAAACUCCGAAAUUGAAUAAAAUUCACAGUUGCAUAGGGUUAGGGUAAGUUAGGAGUGGGAUUAUGGUUAGGAUUAGGGUACUAAGUCAUUGAACUGCAAAGACCAUCGAUUAAACAAUGACUCGGACAUUUGACUUGGGCUCGGAUUUGACUCAGACUCGGAUUUGACUCGGUUAACUGACAAACUCUAUCCCUAUCAAUCUGAAGUUUUUAUAUUAAUCUCUAAUUAAAUCUGCUUUCAGGUUUUAGCCCCACAGUUCAAACGAAGGACACUCUGGAGACCUGCUUGCAUAGAGCACUCAUGACACUACCAGAUAUAUCUUCCACGAAAAGUGGCCGUUUAAGCGUGCUGAGAUUCGAAACGCUCCUACCUCACUUCAGAGAUUGUCUUGCCAUGGGUGACCAUCGUCAGGACACGCCGCUACAUGUUGCUGCGCAGUUCAUGGUGCAAAACAAAUGUUAUACGUUAUAUGAAAAUCUUUUCAUCACCAUGCUGGCAGAAAUUAAGAAGAUGCCUUUUGUCAAGCAACGCAUGUGCAUCAAUGCUCAAAAUGUCUCUGGUGAUACGGUUAUCAAUUUGCUAGCUUCUGGUUGCAAAUCCCUUACCGUGAUAGAGAAAUUACUCGAAGCUGGUGCUGACAGCAUGAUAGUAAACAAACUUAACAUAGGACCUCUCGAUAAUGCGGAGAGACACGGUCUAGUGCACAUUGCAAACUUCUUAAAAAGUUCGGUACUCAGAGGUUAUGGUGUUCUUCCCUCAGAAACAGAGUAUCGAAAUAGUUUACGAAACGAGCAAUCAAGAAAACGUAGGUCCGAGCGAAGAUCCACAUACUACAGCACCAUGUCGUCUUUGAGUAUGUUUUGUCGGGAAGAAACACAUCAUUUGAAUAAGUCAUUGGGGUCUCAACAGCUAAGCAGUCCGACCAAGGAGUCGGAGAAGAGUACCAAGUCAAACGAAGCUGGAGAAGUGGGGAAUAUUGAUGUGGUAACAACAGAGGUAUAAAUAUAUUAUUUAACCCAUUAAGCUGCAGAGCUUCCCCAUUGACGAGUAAAAUCGUCUGGCGUUAGACAACUAAAAAAAAGUAGGGUGCGUUGAGGCUCGAUGAGUAAUUAACUAGAGACAUUGUCAGAUUUUUUGGUUAACCCGUUAAGCUGCAGAGCUUCCCCAUUGACGAGUAACAUCAUCUGGGGUUAGACAACUAAAAAAGUAGUUGCAGAUUAACCCGUUGAGCUGCAAUGCACCCCGGCCAGUCCCUACUUCUUUUUCACUUGUCUAACGCCAGGCCAUGUAAUUUACUCUAUAAUGGGGAAGCUUUGCAGCUUAAAGGGGCAGUGUCACAGUUCUGUCUGCACAUCCAAAAUAUGUGCGAACUUGAAAACUGUCUGCCAACAAUUAAUCAAGUUCGGAGUGAAAUACGAUAUGCUAUUUAUAAUCCCUUCGUUAUGCAGGACAUCCUUGCUUUGUUUUAAAAAUUGAAGGCUGCUGCAUCUUUUCCAAUUAUGUAGCAUUAAUUUUAAAUGUUUCUUUGAGCCGUUUAUUUUAGCCAGUCUGUGCCAAUUGACACUACCGGUACCCCUUUAAUGGGUUAAAUUAUUGUAAUAAUAAUUGAUGAUGGUUGCAGAAGGGUUGUAGGCUCGAGCCAUGGGACUUGGACUCGAGUGGCAAUUUUUGGAACUGGUGACUUGAUUUGUCAAUUAAUCAGAUUAAUGGCAUGUGAUGCAGUGUCUGAAAUUUUGCAGCAUCCCCACAGUUUACUGAAAUCUGGUUUUGCACCAUACACAUUCUAUAUUCUGUUCUUUAUUCAAAACCAGACAAUUUUACUUGUCAAGGGGAGAGUUGCAUUGCGCCCUAGGAUUGGGUGAUAUUUAAAAAAUCAUAUUGUGAUUAUUGUCAACUCUAUGAAAUUAUUACAAUGUUGCAAUACGUGUAAUAUGUUUCUGAGUGUACACAAUAUGAUAAUAAUAAAAGAAAAUAUGAUAAUACUCCUACUUAUUUUUUUACUUGUCUAAUGCCAGACGAUUUUACUCAUCAAUGGGGAAGCUCUUCAGCUUAGUGCGUUAACCAAAAAAUCUGACAAUGUAUCUAUAGUUAAGCCAUUGAGCUGCAAUGCACCGCAGUGCAACCUACUUUUUUUAAUUGUCUAACGCCAGACGAUUUUACUCGUCAAUGGGGAAGCUCUGCAGUUUAAUGGGUUAAGGAUGGACAUAUAUAGAUAUUUACUUUGGUUACUUACUAUAUUUAAAGGAUGAAGAGACAUCCAGCCAGUCAAGUCAGAUUUCUUCAGUGAUAUUACACAACGUCAGUGAUACUGAUCCCAUACCAACUGUAUCAGAAAAGCCAAAAGCAUCAGAAAAAUCAGCUGUUUCAUUAGAAACAUCACCUACAUCAAAACAAUCAACCACACCACAAGUGAAGCAUGAUGAUGAUGGUGACUUUGGGAUGUGCACAUGUUGUGAGGUAAGCAUAGUUUGGAAAGGGGUAUUAUCCCCUCAGUUUCACACACUCGUCACGUUUCAGUCAACAGUAUACAGUACACAAACUUGUGGUUAGAGUUCGGCAACUGGCCUCUGUAGCUCAGUUGGUUAGAGUGCUGCACUGGAAUCACAGGGCCACAGCUUCACAUGAACUUGUGGUUAGAGCUCAACAACUGGCCUCUGUAACUCGGUUAGAGCGCUGCACCAGAAUUGCAGGGCUGCAGGUUCACAUGAACUUGUGGUUAUGAGCUUGCCAACUGGCCUCUGUAGCUUAGUUUGCUAGAGUGCUGCACCGGAAUCACAGGGCCAUAGGUUUACAUGAACUUGUGGAUAGAGCUCAACAACUGACCUCUGUAGCUCAGUUGGUUAGAGCGCUGCACCAGAGUCGCAGGGCCGCAGGUUCACAUAAACUUGUGGUUAGCGCUCAAUAACUGGCCUCUGUAGCUCAGUUGGUUAGAGCGCUGCACUGGAAUCGCAGUGUCACAGGUUCACAAUGAACUUGUGGUUAGAACUCGACAACUGGUUUUUGUAGCUCAGUUGGUUUAGAGUGCUGCAUCGGAAUCACAGGGCUGCAGGUUCACAGGAACUUGUGGUUGGAGCUCGACAACUUGCCUCUGUAGCUCAGUUAGUUAGAGUGCUGCACCGGAAUUGCAGGGCCGCAGGAUCGCAUGAACUUGUGGUUUGAGCUCGACAAUGCGCCUUUGUAGCUCAGUUGGUUUAGAGUGCUGCACCGGAAUCGCAGAGCUGCAGGAUUACAUGAACUUGUGGUUAGAGCUUGAUGAACUUGCGGUUGUAGCUCAGUUGGUUAGAGUGCUGCAGUGGAAUCGCAGAGCUCAACAACUGGCCUCUGUAGCUCAGUUGGUUAGAGUGCUGCACUGGAAUUGCAGAGCUCGACAACUGGCUUCUGUAGCUCAGUUGGUUAGAGCGCUGCACCGGAAUCGCAGAGCUCGACAACUGGCCUCUGUAGCUCAGUUGGUUAGAGUGCUGCACCGGAAUCGCAGGGCCACAGGUUCAUAUGAACUUGUGGUCAGAGCUCGACAACUGGACUCUGUAGCUCAGUUGGUUAGAGUGCUCAGCUGCACCGGAAUCGCAGGGCCACAGGUUCAUAUGAACGUGUGGUCAGAGCUCGACAACUGGACUCUGUAGCUCAGUUGGUUAGACAGCUGCACCAGAAUUGCAGGGCCGCAGGUUUGAUUCCUGCUAGGAACCUAAAGUUGCAUUUUUUGCAACUGCUCCUAGUUAGGUCUAAAUAAAUAUAUAAAAUUUAUUCUCCAAAAUUUCCAGCUACGAAACCCUUUGAAAACAAUGAGUAUUGUGUCUUCAUGUUUAUCACAUCAUUCACUACCAUCUAACGCAAGCUUUCUCUUUGACAGGAUGAGAAUGAUAACACUAUCUCAAUUGCUGCUCGCGAGAAAGAUCAAGAUAAGGGAGGUUCGUCCAGAAAUUUGAACCUUAAGUUAACUGGUCUGUUUGCGUUUUUUUAUGCAUAAGUACAAAAAAGCUUUUAAAUAGCAAUUGAUGACAACAAGCCCGUAGCAACUUGCCACGUACAGCCUGUAUUAGUCUUGUUGGAACCAUGGCUGGAUUUUGAGGGGAGAUUUGAGGAGGUGCGCACCUCUUAGGGCCUCCCCCAAGAUCGUUUUGCACCUCUCCUGAGAAUUUUUGCACCUCCCCAGAAAAGUCAUGCACCUCCCCUUGGGAAAGUUUCAAUGAUGGAUCAAAGUGAAAAUGUGACAUUUUUUGUUGCUUAGGGUCUACACUUCGUAAGAAAGUUUUUCUGUAAAAACGAAACAGUGUCAAGACUCAAGUACCCUUUUAAUGCAAUGUUUUGAAAGAAACUUUGUAGUGAUUGUAGUGAAAGGCAAAAUUGGAUGAGUUGUUAAUUCAUUAAGACACUGAUACAUACAUACAUACAUUUCAUGGGGGUCGUGAGCUAGACCGCUGCACCUCCCCCACUAUUUCCACCAAAAUCCGACCUUGGGAACAACUUGUAGCAUGAAUGUUACCGUCAUCAACCUUGUAACAAGGUGAUAACAACUUGUUCCAGACUUGUCACAACAACUUGGAACAAGCAUUGCCUCUACUCGAGGUGAUUGGGGGGAAAGAGCAACCAUUGACAUCAGUAAAUGGUUAGACUUUCGUGUUUUCUCGGAUAUGGACGUUAAAAUCGUAUAGGUACCUCGAAUUUCCUAUCAAGUGUGCAAUAGCCUGUUGGGAUCGAAAGCUUUGCAGUAAUAAAUUUACGUGGUGUUUCCACAAACAAAGCUAUUAUAUUAUAAAGUGUUCGGUGUUAAACAGCAAAGCCAAAAGAUCCUGUUAAAACAAAUCAGAAAACUCAUGCUGUAUAUUCUAUACCAUGCGGUGACUGCGAAAAAGAGUAUUUGGGUCAGUCUAAACGCCAGUUUGGUACACGGCUAAAAGAACAUCAAAAAGCUGUUUCAACUUUAGACAAGGGAAAAUCAGCUUUAGCCGAACAUGUAUGUUACACCAAACACGAGAUUGCAUGGGAAAACUCUAAAGUAAUUACCACAAACAAUCGCUAUGAUCAAAGACUUUGCCUAGAAGCGUGGCAUAUAAAUAUGAGUAAUCAUGCUUUGAAUAGGGAUGACGUUGCCUAUUUGCCAGAGGAAUAUAUGCAUCUCAUUGGCAGGUGACGUCAUCCCUUGGGUAUUUAAGAAGCCACGAUUGCAAUUUUAGAUCACCCCUGAUGAAGACACUAGACUGGAGUGUUGGGUCUUGAUUACAAUUCGACUGGGCUUUGUAAUAAUUUAUUUAAACCAGAGUAGCGAGCGAAACAUGAUUGAUAUAUGUACCUGGUUGCAGUGAACGAACAAACUUUAAAAAGUAUAAUUGUGUUUCAGAUUCUGAAGUGAAAUUGUUCGAUGUGAUGAAAGAAGCUGGUGUGUUGCCAAAUCUUGCGGACGUCAUAGCCAGGACCAAAGAGGGACACUUAAGUCGUAUGCAAACACUUGGAAGUUCAAUGAAUGGUAAGUCGUCUAUAAGUGAGAUCUCGCGAUCAUGGGUGAAAAAAAUAUUUUACUUUGUGGGACCACAAGAGGUUCAUUGAAACAUUUUCUGCAAAUAAUCAUUUAGUAAAUCGACACACGGACUCCAUGUGUGACACUAACUAGUUGUCAGAUUGACUGUUAUAUUUUAACAGAAAAAUCUAUUUCAGUGCACUGAAAAUCUUAAUAAUACUUGUAGGAAUAUAACAUAAAACUAAUUUCGAUAACAUGCAUCGAGGGGUCUGAUCCAUAUAUUGACAUGAUCGUAAGGUGGGUAAAUACAGAUGCCAAAAAAGGACACCACCAGAGGGAUCCAUGCUCUGCCAGAAAAUUUUGAAAAUCAUGUCCUAUAGAUUGGCUAAAAAUGCAUUUGCCAUACAAUAUUUGUUAGUACAUAAUCAUUCUAUAGUCUAUAGAUUUAUACACUAUUGCACUGGCUAUUAGUUCGGACGAAUGUGCUAUUUUUUAACAGAGUGUGUUAUUUCAGUGCAUGCACUGUGAAUCGUAAUAUAAUACUUUUAGGAAUAUGACAUAAAACUAAUUUAGAUAACAUGAAUCAUUGUCUGUCGAAGGGAAUGUGGCUGUGAAAUUCGUUAGAAUAACAAUAUUGCGGCUUUUUUGGAUCGAAAUUUAUGGAUUACACAAUCAAGAGCAGUUGUUGAAAGCAAUUAAAGGACCAGAUUGAUGAGUAAGCAAUUGAAGGACCAGAUUGAUAAACGUUGACUAACAUAGAUGAUGAGCUAUAUUGUUAUUCUAACGAGCUUCACAACCAUCUUCCUUUCGCUAGGCUAUGGGUAAAUACAGAUGCCAAAAAAAGGGCUGUUUCUUAAUUUAUCUAAAUUAUUACAAUUACAAAUUAUAAUUAUAUAAAUUAAUUACAAUAAUAUGCAAUUAUUGGACGAGGUUGAGUAAAAUAUCGUGAUCUAUCAGUGGCGAGCAGAUCAAUUAUUUGCCGAUGCCGAAGGCUGAUGCAGAAUUUAAGCUGACGAAUCAUUUUCAAAGUGCGCAUGCUCAAUGAAGUAUUUGCACCAGUUAUUUGCGCCUGAUCGAUAUUUGCACACAGUUGUUUGCAGGUAAAUUGACCAAUCAAAAUCGAGAAUACUAUAAAGUGAAUGAUAAAAACAUAAGUGUUUGCAACCUAUAACAAAGCUCGCAUAUCUAACUGCGGGCAAAUGUAAAAAUUAAAUUUUAAUUUUUCAGAAAUAGACGGAAAGCAAGUAACAUGUCGAGAAAAAGAGAAAAGUCUUAUGCGCGAAAUUGGCCGGAAGAAACGCGAAGUUGAGAAAUUAAAUGCGGAACUUUACAACGUCAGACGACAGAAGGUAAGCGCAAGCAACAAACGAAAACUAAUGGAAGAAGAAAGUCAAGAUUUGCGGAAAAAGUUGCUUUCUUGUGAAACUCUCUUGAAAACGGUGCCCAAAGAUACUUGCAAUUGAAUCAACACAAGGGUCGAAGUUCAAUAUAUACGAUAGUAGGAGAGAAUCGAGGUUUUAGUUGUGGGAUAGUAUUUGACGUUUUCAGAGGCCGAUUAUAUGGAGCGGGUUGUUCCGGCCUGCUAAGUUGGCCCAGCCAUAGAUUAAGUAAGAACAGAUGUGUAACUUCAGUAAAAAAGUUGUUCCAUGGUCGCCAUCUUCCUAGCAAGUGUCGCUCGCGUGAUAAUUCGUCAUUUGGUCAUACGCGUAAUUGCUUUCAAAAAUGCUUUCAACAUCUUUUCUGCAACUUCAUUUGCUUUCAACAACUUUAAACAUUCAACAAAUGAUGCUCUUGAUUGUUUAAUCCAUAAAUUUCGAUCCAAAAAAGCCGCAAUAAAAUGUAAAAGUUCGUGUUUUUCAAGACGCCAUUUAGCUAGCAAGUGUCAUGGCGUGAGCAUGACGUGUACAUCUAGGGAAGUUUCAGGACAUGAAGUUCUAUUAAGUUACACAUCUGGUAUAUACUUAAACUGUGGCCCAGCUACACGGCUAAAAACGCACAGGUUGUUCCAAGUUGAUAUGGACAGGCUUGAACAAUAUUGUGCGGCCAACUAUGAACAAGUUGUCAACCAUGUUAUUCCAAGUUGUUACAGUUGAACAACGCUGUAACAACAUGUUGACAAUACUGUUCAUGGUGGGCCGCACAACCUUGUUCACGCCUGUUAAUAUCAACCUGGAACAAGUUGUUGCUUUUUUCAAUUUUUACGCCUGUACCCAGUGAUCGUACAGGCAGCUGGCGGCAGUUUUAAAAAGACAAACUGUUAAUUGCCACGCUAUAGUUUUUCUGUUCCAUUAAAAAAUAACAAUCACGACACGUUUUUAGCUUGUCGCAACUGUCGUCGCAAAAGAACUCGAGUCUACCUCAACGACACUGUUGUAACUGUCGUGAACUGUUGCCAGCGUGUCGCGACAAGACUUUUUUUCUUUUAUGGAAACCAGGCUUGAUUAAGGUGCUGUUUACAUAAAUCCGGAUUGACUUUCAAUCCGGAAUGAACUCAUUCUAUUUUAAUACAAACCAUAUUAAAUGUUUACAUGAGUCCGGAAUGAGUUUACCCUGGAUUCCCGAGCCUUCGACAGUAAAUAAUAAAUUGAAACGUCGCGAAGGCUCUGGUUCAACGGGAAGAUUCUUCAGUGAUUAAACCGCGUCAAUCACAAAACAGAAUUAGUGGUUUUAGUACAGAAUCUGUAAUAAAACCACUAAUUCUGUUUUGUGAUUGGCGCUGUUUAAUCAAAGAAUUUUCCCGUUGGACCAGAGCCUUCGCGACGUUUCAAUUAUUUACUGUCGAAAGCUCUGGAAUCCAGGGUAGAAUGAGUUACAACUCGAUCCGGAUCGAGUUCGAUCCUAAUCUCAUUCCGAAUCGAGAUUUCAAUCCAGAUCGAAAUUUGGCUUCGAUCCCAUGUAAACACGAAUCGAAACUCAUUCCGGAAUGAGAAAGCGACCGAAUAAGAUAACAUGGUUACUUUUCUCUUUCUUAAAAUGACUUUUUGCACAGUAAGUUCAUGCACGUGUUUAAAUGUAUUAGCGCGGAAAGAGCAGAAGAGAAAACUACUGCUAUGAUAUUUACAUCAUUCGCCAUCUUGGAAUUGAAAUUUCCCGCGUAAAUUCCAAUGCUCGAACCCAUUUUCCAUGUAAACACGGAUUGACUUGACAUUUCGAUCCGGAUUGAAAGUCAAUCCGGGAUUCAUGUAAACAGCACCUAACAUUGGACAUGCUCAACAGUAUAAUAAUCAUUGUUAGGUAUUGAUUAAAGAUGAUUUAUAUGGUGUAUUUUAGGGCUCCCUCACGCAUUGCAGUAUAAUUAUAUUUAGUAUUGUCCCCAACAAGAUUUUUCGCUUGUAUUCUCGUGAAAUGCAGUCGCUUCACUGUCCUAAACAUGAAAGCGUUUAUUGAAACACAAAAACAACAUUCUGAUGCUAGUUUAAGGCUCCAGUUACACGAUACCGGAUUCGCAUCGGAGCGACAUCAAAUGUUACAGUUUACACUCACAAGUACAGGUAUGAUAAUAUAACAGAAUUAGUCAAAAACGUCAAAUAUGAAAAGUUGUAAGGCCGAAAAGAGUCUUAGUUGUUGAUGUCGCUGCGAAGAGAGUCCGGUAUCGUGUAACUGGGGCCCAAGUCACUUAUAUUUGUUUACAUUUUCAAAGUUAAAGGGUAAUGGCAAUAAAAAAUUUUAUUGCUUUAUCUGAAAGAGCAUGAAAAAAUAAGCCGAUUGGCCGUUUACUGCUCUAUUCUAUCUCAUCUUGUUCCGAAGUUAUACGC